GUUCGACGCGUCGCGCUCCUCCGACUCCACAAUAUCUCGGCCCAGACCUGCCAUUUGAGUGACCUUGAGAUGACGAUUCCAGGUCAAGAUGGCCGCCGAGUCGCACACCCGGGCCGGAGCAGCCGGCCAUAAUGCUGCGAAUCCAGGACCAGCCGCGAAUGGUGGUGCGCCUCCAUCCACCCUGGCUGCACAGCUCGCCGGUAGCAUCUCGACCUCGGCCAGGUCCUCGAGACCCGACGAGGCCAGCGAGCUCAAGCGCCUGUUUGAGGAGAUCGAGCGAGUCAAGAACAAGCCGGACUCGUUGAAGACGCCAGAUGAGCAUGUGGAGCACAACCACAUGCUCAUCUAUGUCUACGCGCGCGUCAUUCUCGACGGUCUCAAGUGGGACGACCCAUUCGCCGACCGCGAGCAACUGAAAACCGAUGCAUUGACUGCUGUGCACUUUCUCAAGGUCACCAUCGCCGAGACUCCAGUCGUUCUCAAGUCUACCACCAAUGGCACCCUCUUUCUCCACCGAGGCCCUGAGCCGCUAUGGGUCUGGCUCUUCCCAAAGCUUCUCAGGAUGCUCGGGCACCAGCGAUGCCUGGCCCUGUCUUCUCCAUUGGAGUCACUCUUUCAUUUCAUUCUCGUGACAGCGAGUACAUCUGGCGGCCUGUGGAACCUUUGCAACCCAGUCUACCUCUACCUACAGGCGAACUUUCGGUCAAUCCUGGCACAUUUAAGGUCGUCGCCGCCAGCUACCAAGGGCUCUAUAGAUAUCGAACUGCCUGAUCACAACACUCUGAAUUCUGUAUUGCCCGGGGAGACUCUGACCGGCGCCGUUCGCUGUCCCAGCUACACUCUUAGUGAUGGAGAGCAUGCCCUUCGGCACGCCUCUGGUCUUUUGAACAUCCUUCAUCGUGCUUCAGUGUCAGACGAAACGUCAAAACAAUCAAUUCCACCUUCCACAGAGCGAAUCACCUGGUUGGUAGACUGUAUCGAAGCAUUGAAUGAAGAGCAGAGGCGAUGGAGAGACAAGGGCAGCUACAGUCCAGCGUCUCUCUUGAACCAAGCCCUGAAUCUCAUCUCCCCACAUUCUGGAGUGGAACAAGCCGUGAUACACAAGUUGUAUUCCGUAAUCAUCUUGCUGGCAGCAGAUGUUGCAGUCAGCCAGACAGGAAUUACACAGCCAGAGCGGAGCGACCCUUCGGCCACCAAGGUACUGUCUCUGGCCCUUGUCCAGAUUUCUGACACAGCCAUCAAGCAAAGGCCUCUCGCCAAACUUGCUGCCGCUCAACUACUCAAGCCACUAGAGCAAAUGCUCGUCGAGGGAGUCGCUAGCGAUCUUUCAGGGGAUUUGCAGAGAUCCGUGCAUUUGUUCCGUGAGGCGAUUGUCCUCCCCACGAACCAGUCAUUCAGCUCUGAACUCUCGCCACGGUCUUUCGUUGAUAGAGACAUACGGUCAAAGGUCCAAUCAAUUGAAUCCAAGGCACACGCAACAACAGAUCAGAAACGCCUUGUCAAACGGAGAAAACUCGCCCAGGAGCCGCCGUCAAUGCAGCUUGUUCUCGAACAACUCCGUCGGGUAAUUCAUCUGCCGGCAGUCCCGAACUUGAAUCAGCUUGAAAGUGGCAUAUUGGCUUCUUUCCCAGCUGCUAGUGAUGCUGUGCGGUGUUCGAUCAUUCAGCUGCUCGCUUGUAUUAGUUGCGCGGCCGAUGACUCCCUCAGCCUGCGUUCAGUCGGACAGCGUGGUCUGCACUGCUCAUUUUGCUCCAAAGAUGACAAAUGGGUGCUGCGAUCGCAGUAUACUGAAAAGAUGGUGGAAUUGGCCGGCUCCAUUUUCACAAAGCUCAUAUGCCUCCCAGAAUUCCGUGAAUCCCAUCGUCCACGGAUUGUCGCAAUGAUAGCUCUCCGACGCAUCAUAGUACACUCAAAAAGCCCUGAGAUGUUAGACCUGGAGAAAUCGGCCAUUGGCCAGUGGUGCCUGUCAGCUCUCCAAAGCUCCCUCAGAGAACUCCGGAUUGCGGCCGGUAGGGCAAUCACCCUUUUCUUACGGCCGGGUGUGGGCCAGAAUGUUGGCGUGCAAAUCUUGAAACGGAAUACUGCCAACGCUUUGGCAUUUGUGCGGUCUGUCUCCGACAAAAAUGAGCCAGGGAUCAACGAGACUUCUCUAAUGGCUUGGGGACAAAUCGGCAGAGUCGUCUCAGAUGAAGGCCUCAAUCUUGUCUUGGUCAAGAUGCUGGACUUUCUUGGCCACCAAAACCCUAUCGUCUCUGCAGUGGCCCUAAACGAGAUCACAAAUCUUGCCGCUUCUCUCAAAACAACACCACGACGCCUUCUGGAGCCUUUCUGGAGAAAUCUCGCGUAUUCGACUGUGAAAGAUAUGCUCACACGGCCUCAGACUACGCAAAUGGUAGCAGAUCUCCUGAGAACCAGCGUAGCAGAGCUGCUGCUGCUCAUCCAGUCUCACGCUUUGCCAUGGCUUGUGCUUCACGGCAAGAAAGAAAUCAUACAGAAAUUUUCCGAGGCUAGAAGAGAUGAGCAUUUGCAAGACAUGUUUUUGGACGAAUCGAAUCUAAGUGCGAUCUUGGCACGUCUGUUCGUACAGGAUGAAGCCAACGUCGAACGAUUUUCGAUGUCGGCGCUGGUCAACGUCUGCCCGACAUUCAGUGGCACGGCCCUCAUAGAGGUGUUGAGAACCAGUCCUGUCCUGACGAUCUUGGAGCUUCUCAGAACGAGUGUGGAGGGGGAUGAAUCGACGAGGGCCUCUGCCCGCUCAGCCCUGACCAUGGUUGCAAACUUGCUGAUGGUGGCUCCCCGAGAUGGGAAGAGAAAGGGCGGGCAUCACGUCAUCGGCCGCUUUCUAAGGGAACAUGCUCUAGGAUUGUCGGCACGAAUGGUUGAAGUCAUCAACAAUGCCUCGCCUGUGCCUCCGCCUAUGCGGGAACGCAAACUGUGUAUCAAGUCCAUGGAAGAAAUGAUAGUGCUGGCUAAGGAAUACAUCCGCAUGGCACGGCCACAGAUAUCCGUAUGUCUACUAUCCGCCCUAUCUUCAGAUGAGUUGAGAACGACCGCAUUCGCAUGCUGGUAUUCCAUGAUGACUCAUGUCGGAGAGGAGGAUGUUGAGGAGCUUAUUGAGACCACCUUUUUCAUCAUCGGCCAGUAUUGGUCUUUCUUUGCCGAGGAGAGCCGAGAGCAAAGCAAGGCUUUACUGCGUUUCCUGCUCAGCAAUCACGAGGCGGUGCUAAACAACACCCUUGCGAAGCUCCCGUCGCUAAGCCAUAUAAGCGAGCUCUCAGAAAUCUGGAAACAAAUUGAUGCACGUCGCCCGCCACUCGACACUCGCGCUGCGUUCGCCUUGUUCAUUGACAGAUUGCAUCAUGAAAAUGCUGGUGUUGUGCAGAAAGGCUUGCUUGAACUCUCAGAUUACCUGAGCCAGAAUCAAGGGUACCUACAGGCAUCAGCCAUUAGUGAGCAGCCUGACAGCGUUGUGAAAAAUUUGGCUCGAGCACUAUUGGACUGCACCUCUAAGUAUAACGGGAUCAACCCUGAUAUCGCGCGACUUUGUGCGGAGUGUAUUGGGCUGAUGGGUUGUCUGGACGCGAACAGGCUCGAAACCGUUCGGGAACAGAGGGAUUUCAUCGCACUUUCCAACUUCACGGAUGCCGAUGAGACCACGGAUUUUGCUGCCUUCAUCCUACAGGAGGUGCUUGUCAAGUCCUUUGUGUCGACUACAGACUCUAGCCUGCAGGGGUUUCUGUCAUACGUCAUGCAAGAGCUUUUGGAAAGAUGCGACUACAAGGCAGCCGUUGGCGUGCAGGGAGCAGAGGGUGAGCGCAUUUAUAGGAAAUGGCUGAGCAUGCCAGAGAGCGUACGCGAUGUCCUACUCCCUUUUCUGACGUCCAGGUACAAACUUGCACCGAUGCCAAGCAUCAAGACCGAAUAUCCCAUUUUCCGCGCAGGGCGCUCGUAUGCCAACUGGCUCCGGCAAUUUACGCUGGACUUGCUACACAAGGGGCAAAAUCCCUUUGCCGAGAUCAUAUUUGACCCGUUGUGCCGGGCUAUCAGGGUCAAGGACUUAUCGGUUGCCAUUUUUAUGCUUCCAUAUCUCGUCGUUCACAUCACUCUCGGCAACAAGAGCACCCAUCAGGAGAAGGACGCAGUGUGGAAUGAGCUAUUGAGCAUCUUGAAACAAGAUGUUCCUGAGAAUGCUUCAUACUUGGAGAGAGAGGACAGGAAGCUCUUUUGCGAGGCCGUGUUCAGAGUCAUCGAUUAUGCGAUGAGAUUCUUGCAGGUGAAAAGAUCCUCGCGGCUCAGCAGGGCCGACGAGAACAAUCUCAUACUUCUUCAGAAACGGCUGGACUCUAUACCGCCAGAGUUGGUUUCGCAGCGCGCCAUUGACUGCAGACAAUACGCGCGUGCCUUGUUUCACCUGGAGCCUCACAUCUUGCGGCAGCAAGAACAACAUGGCAACGACGCCGAAAACAUUCAACAGGCAUUGGACUCUCUGCAGCACGUCUAUUCACAUAUUGACGAGCCGGAUGGUCUUGAAGGGGUAUCCGCCAACCUCAAGGUCAUCGACCUGAAGCAGCAAAUUCUGAGCCACAGGAAGGCGGGAAGGUGGUCAAGGGCGCAGACCUGGUGUGAAGUCCAGCUCGCGGAGAACCCCAACAACGUAGACGUGCAGAUCGAUCUGCUGACGUGUCUCAAGGAGUCGGGCCAAUAUGACGUGUUGUUGAACCACGUUGGCGGCUUGGAUACCAAUGGGCCUUGGAUCAACAAGAUUGCGCCGUUUGCUGUUGAAGCUGCUUGGGCCACCGGACGAUGGGAGACCCUUAAGAAAUAUCUAGGUUCUUACAAGGCUAGCAAUCACCUGGAUGAGUUUAAUCUCGGGGUUGGAUCAGCGCUCCUAGCGCUCAAGGAUGGCCAGACAGAAAGCUUUGUCAACCAACUUGAAGAGCUGAAGGAGAAGACUGCUUCUUCAAUGUCCAUGUCGGCUACAGCGUCGCUUCAGGCGGCCCAUGACGCCAUGUUGAGGUGUCAUGUGCUUGCUGACCUUGAAAUUAUCGCAGGAGACCACAAGAAGGAGGCUGUUGACCAGCAAGGGGUGAUCACCUCGUUAGACCGUCGACUGGAGGUUCUGGGUGCGUUUGUAAGUGACAAACAGUACGUUCUGGGAAUACGUCGAGCGGCAAUGGAGCUGAUGAGGCCUAGAUUCUCGGAUGGGGAUAUCUCAUCUCUGUGGCUGUCAAGUGCAAGAUUAGCCCGAAAGGCAGACUCACUCCAACAGUCUUUCAACGCCGUGUUACACGCAUCGCAACUUGGAGAUGGCUCUGCGACCAUUGAGAAUGCCAGGCUGUUGUGGAAAGAAGGUCACCACAGAAAAGCCAUUCAAAUCCUUGAGAACGCCAUCCAGACCAAUUCGUUCAUAGGGUACAACCUGGGGCCUGCUGCCCCAACGUCAAGUAAAGGACCUGAAGUGCAAAGGAACUUGCUGACAGCCCGGGCGCAUCUCCUGUUGGCGAAGUGGCAAGAUUCGGCGGGACAGACACACGUCAGUGCCUUGCGGGCGCAGUACCAGCAGGCAGCAAAAACACACGCAACGUGGGAGAAAGGCCACUAUUACCUUGGUCGUCAUUACAAGAAAGUCCUUGAGUCUGAGAAGGCUUUGAGUCCAGACGAACAGAGUGACGAGUACCUCACUGGAGAAACAGCCAAACUCGUCAUCGAAAAUUAUCUUCGAUCACUGAAUUACGGCACAAAAUACCUGUACCAGACUCUGCCGCGGAUCUUAUCGCUGUGGAUGGAUCUUGGUGCUCAGAUCGACAAGGCUCCCGAAGGGAAAAUAUCACUGUCUAGGGAGCUAUCCCAGAGGAGGAAGACCUUGUUGCACGAGCUCAACAAAUACUUCUAUAAACACAUGCAACGCAUGCCUGCUUACAUAUUCUAUACAGCGAUGCCGCAGAUCGUGGCUCGGAUUGCUCAUCCGAACCCGGACAUCUUCACUCAUUUGCAACACAUCAUCAUCAAGAUUGUGGAGGCACAUCCACGACAGGCCCUCUGGGGGCUCUUCGCCAUCAUGACUAGCAAGCAUCCAUCUGACCGAACAAGGCGUGGCCUUCAUCUGCUGGCCCAACUCCGCAACAUUAGUGGAAAGAAGGUGGACGGGUCGGCAUACGAUCUGAGUAAGCUCUUGAGAUCGGGAGAGAAGUUGGCGGAACAGCUGCUCCUGGCAUGCAAUAACGGGGACUUCCAAAGCAACAGAACCACGCACGCCAGCAUAACUCGGGAUCUCAACUUCAAUCACAGAUGCACCCCUUGCCCAUUGGUUGUUCCAAUUGAGGCGUGCCUGACCGCGACAUUGCCCACACUGACGGACAACAUAAAGAAGCACAAGGCAUUUUCAAGAGAUGUCGUGGCAAUCGAUUCCUUUCUAGAUGACGUCCUCGUCCUGGGAUCGCUCGCAAAGCCACGCCGUCUGACGGCCCGAGGCACAGAUGGGAAACUAUACAACCUCUUGAUCAAGCCAAAGGAUGACCUGCGGACGGAUCAGCGCCUGAUGGAAUUUAACGGCAUGAUCAACCGGUCUUUGAAACGAGAUGCGGAAAGCAGCCGCAGGCAACUUUAUAUCCGCACGUACGCGGUUACCCCUCUGAACGAGGAAUGUGGGAUCCUCGAGUGGGUUGACGGGCUCAAGACACUUCGCGAUAUCCUGCUGGGACUGUACAAGCCCCGCGGUAUUGUACCGAACUACGGCCAGAUCCAGCAGAUGAUGAAAGAAGCCAGCACGUCGGAAAGGAACAUCAAACUCUUCACGGAGCAGGUACUUGGCAUGUUCCCGCCGGUCCUGCCAAGCUGGUUCAUCUCGCAAUUCCCCAACCCGUCAGCCUGGUUUGCAGCACGGCUGAAGUACACGCGGUCAUGCGCGGUCAUGUCCAUGGUCGGCACGAUCCUGGGCCUGGGUGACAGGCACGGCGAGAACGUGCUGCUGGAGGAGGGCAACGGCGGGGUGUUUCACGUGGACUUCAACUGCUUGUUCGACAAGGGCCUGACAUUUGCGCAGCCGGAGCGAGUGCCGUUCCGGCUGACGCACAACAUGGUGGCGGCGAUGGGAAUAUACGGGUAUGAAGGGCCAUUUAGGCAGUGCAGCGAGCUGACACUGUCGAUCCUGCGGCAGCAGGAGGAGACGUUGAUGACGAUCCUCGAGGCUUUCAUCUACGACCCCACGCUGGACCUGCAGCGGGACAAGAAGCGAAAGAGCGACGUGGUGAAGCUGAACCCGACGAGCGUGGUGGAGAGCAUAAAGAGGAAGGUUCGGGGUUUCAUCGGUGACGAGAGCAUCCCGCUGGGGGUGGAGGGCCAGGUAGAGGAGUUGGUGAAGCAGGCGACGAACCCGAGGAACCUGUCGGCCAUGUAUAUCGGGUGGUGUCCAUUCUUGUAGUUUUGUAGCAUGAUCAUUGCUGGCAAGCUGGUAUUUAUCGGGGUAAAAAUCACGGGUCACGCUGUGCAAAAUACUCGUCUCAACCAGGAACAGUGGCUGACGAAGUAGACUAUGCGAUAUUGAGUUAUUAUACUCUG